ACCCGACCCAAGGUCCCCGAGUCCCGCCUCCGUUCCAUGACGGCGGAGCAGGCGGCCCACGCGGUGGCGGCACUGCCCCGACAAGUCGUACUGCGGCUCUUCCCCUGGCCGCCGCCCCCUUGCCCGCUGGCGCCGGCGGCGGCGGCGCAGACGCAACAACAGGCGCCGCAGGCUCCGGCUGCUGCUGCUGCUGCUGCCGCUUCCGAACACGCGUCCGAACCCACAUCCGGAUCUCCAGCGGCGGCGCAGGCGGCUGCUAGCGGUGCAGCAGCUGCAGCGCCGACUACGGCUGACAGCGCUGCUGCAGAUGUGGCGAGUGCGAGUGGAGCCGCCUGGUGGCCCAGCGUGCACGUGCGGGCGGUACGACAGCCCAUCCUGCUGGCGGGCAGGUACUGCAAGCUGCGGCGCCACAUGCCGCAGAGCCCCUGGUUCGACAUGUCCACCGGCGCGCGCAUCGGCGGCAGUGUGAGUGUGCAAGAGGUGCUGCAGGAGUGGCUGCUGCCGCUGUACGGCUGCGCGGGAGCCAAGAUGGUGACGGGGGGGCGGGAGGAUGCGGAUGUGCGCAUGCUGGGGGCGGGGCGGCCCUUCGUGCUGGAGCUGCAGGCUCCCCUGCGCGGCCACCCGCCUUCCGACACCUUCCGGCGGCUGGAGCAGCGCAUGCUGGAGAGCAAGUGCGGUGUGAGCGCCCAGGGCCUCUCCCCCUGCGGCCGCUCCGCCCUGGACGCCAUCAAGGCUGCGGAGGAGGUAAAAGAGAAGACCUACCGCGCGCUGUGCUGGGCGGCGCCCGCCCCCUCCCCGCAGCAGCUGGCCGGGCUGCUGGCGGCGGGGCGGGUGGAGGCGCAGCAGGACACCCCGGUGCGGGUGCUGCACCGGCGGGCGGCCAAGGUGCGGCCCAAGUGGCUGCGAGUGGAGGCGGCGGAGGCGGUUGCCGGGAAGCCGGGCUACUUUGUAAUCACGUUGAGGACGCAGGCUGGCGCCUACGUGAAGGAGUUCUGCCACGGAGACUUCGGCCGCUGCCGGCCCAGCCUGGGGGACCUGUUGGCGCAGCUGGCUAGGGAGGAGCAGCAGCAGCAGCCGCAGGUGCAGCAGCAGCAGACUGCAGGGGGGGCGGCGGAGGCGGAGGCAGGAG